CACGCGCACGGCAAAGUCGGGGACACCGCGCGCAGCUCCUACCUCUAGCUACGCCCCCUAACUUUUCACCCACGAGAGACAGACAGAAAGAGAGAAAGACAGAGAGAGGGAAAAAGAGAGAGAGAGAGAGAGAGAGAGAGAGAGAGAGAGUUCCGCGGCUGUAGAACCGGGCCGGAGAGCGACAUCAUGUCCGUGAACGAGGUGUACGCGUGCGCGCGGCCGUUUAAGCUGAUCGCUCUGCUCUGCGUCUUCCUCGCGCUGUGUUUGGACAUCGCGGCGCUCGUGAGUCCCGCGUGGGUGACGGCAGAGGGCUACGCGCUGUCCCUGUGGGAGUCCUGCAGCGACAACGGGGCCGAGUGGACUUGCGUGUCCACUCUCACAUCCGACUGGCAGAUUGCUACGUUGGUGUUGUUGUUAUCUGGAGCAUCGGUCACUCUGCUGUCCUUCAUAGUGUCUGUGAUUUCACUCUGCAGAGGAACAAACAGGAAGCACUACCGCACUGUCGCUGUCUUCCUGUUUGCAGCAGUGGUUCUCCAGACGUGUGCUCUCGUUCUUUACCCCAUCAAGUUUAUUGAGUAUAAAAUGCUGCAGACGUACCACGAGUUUAAUUGGGGUUACGGACUCGGAUGGGGAGCAACCAUUUUCAUGCUGGGCGGGGGGAUCCUUCUCUGCCUCCGAACAGACAUGUAUGAAGAUGGAAUGUACUGAAGCAACUACGCACAGCUACACACACACACCCAUACACCCACACAAACACACACACAUCAUAUAAAGCUGCUAGGUUUGCACUGCAAUACUACAACAAUCUUAUACAUGCUUGCAAAUGGCUGUGCCUCCAAAAGGUGUCUCUCACACACACACACACACACACUCUCUCAGCGUGAUCUGUACUGGAGAUGAAACUAUAAUUCCCAGAGUGGACAUUUUGAAAUACAGACAUGCUACUUUUAAUUUUUCUCUCAACUUAUGUUAGCGCAAUGCUACAAUAACACAGCUCACUAGCUUAGCUAACGUUGCUAAACUACUCGUAUAUUUUGUGAUGCAAGAAUGUUGUCUCAAAGCAGAAAGAGCUGAGGAAAUGUAUUCAAAGCUCCGUCCAUCAUGCUGAAGUCCCGCCCCGGUCCACACCCACCUCACUUAGCAGAGAAUCUGAACACAACUGAAGCUCUGGACUGUUUUCUUUCCACAGAAGUGUAUUAUAGAUAUAGAUAUAGAUAUAUAGAGAGAGAGAUAUUUACUGUUCUUACUUUGUAUAUUUUCAGUAUAAAAUCAUUAGAAAAAAUAUCCUCUUAGUAAAGUUACACACACACACACAGGAUGAAUAUGAAGGAUAUAUAGUAUUUGUGUUAUGAGCAUUUGAUUGUGGGAUUUUUUUUUAAGGAUUUGGGGGUGGAGUCACAUGGCUUACGAGUUUAUUUUAUUUCUCCAUUUCAAUAAGAAAUCAAUAAACACUGCUGUUAAAUAAAUAUGAAAGUAUUAUGAAAGAGUAUAAUGUCUGAAUGAACGUGUGCUCAUAUUUAUGUUUAUUUAUAGAUAGAAGAUGAUCAUUAGUUAUAUGAUAUUCCUCAAUGAAAAUAAAAUAUAGAUCAAAAAAGAGAAAAACUAAUAAUCGUCAAAGUAUUUUAGUGAUUUAGAGAUUAACCCCCCUAUAAGCAGUUAGUACAUCCCAAAAUACCCAUGUAGUGCUAUGGCUGGAAUGUACCACUUCCAACUAAAAGCGGGGGCAACGACAUCUCGCGUUACUUUUAACUAAUAAUACAGACAAAAAAAUAUAUACGUUUCUUUCACUUCAACACUUUAACUCCAAAUGCAGGGUUUUUGUUUGUUCUUUUGUAUAAAUAAAGAAAAACAUACACUAAGUUUCAUUACUGUGUGCCUUCAAAAGCUAAAGAUAAAUUAUUUCGAAUCAUUUCCUUCAUUCUAAACACAGAAACAUUGCUUUUCUCUCGGAUUUUCUUCACGCUGCAGUUUCUAGCUGAUCGAAUCACAGAGCUGUUUCAUUCUAAUAAAGAUUUUACUGUUUCUGACAGCAGCAGCAUUUCUGUUUAAUGAGGAAACCAGUAAAACACACACACACACACACACACACACACAAGAGGGAGUGAAGGUGAUUAGAGUUGAGGAGAAUAAAUUCUACACUCCAUCACACACACACACUGCUGAAGAGGGAGUAAAGGUGAUUAGAAUUGAGGAGAGUAAACUCUACAGUCCGUCUCACACACACACACACACAGAGAGAACAUCAGAGAACCUUUUCCACAUGACACACACUCUAAUGUUACCAAUUGCUUUGACUUUUACUCUCUGACCUUUGACCUGAUUCUCACUAAAGCCUCAGAGGAAUGUGUGUGUGUGUGUGUAUAGAGGUGACAUCAAUAUUGUGCUAUUUUCAGACUGCAGAAAUCUUCAGCACUCUGGCAGAGAAACACACACUCACACACACACUCACACCACACACACACAAACACACACUCACAUUUUGUGUGACACUGAGACGUAUUACAGACUCAAUAAGAAACUGCACACAGAAAAGCCAUGAACUCUGUCUCACAUUCGCUGGAAAUUGAGGCAGAAUCAAAAUUCCUCAGGCAAUUCUGUGUGUGUGUGUGUAUCAGGUGUGUGUCACACUUACUGUAAGUGGUCCAUUUAUUUAUAGCAGCAGUGAAUAGAGAGUGUGUCAGUACAGGUGACAGUCUCAGUGUGUGUGUCUGUGUGUGUGUGUGUGUCUGUCUGUAUGCCGGGGGGGGUCUGUGUGUGUGUCUGUCUAUCUGUAUGUUUGUCUGUAUGUGUGUGUGAGAGAGAGAGAGAAUAAAGAGUGUAAAGAACAGUAGCAUGAUAAAAUUAGAAAACCUGAACGCUUCCUCGUUUAUUCACUUUAUUUCUGUUUGUUCUGUUCAUGUGUUUGUGUUUGAUCCAAAACUAAAUGUUCACAGACUCCAUGGGAACGAGCAGCUGGACAGAGUUACAGGUUCACUGUGAAGAAUUACAGAAGUGACAGCUGCUGUGUGUGUGUGUGUCUCUCUCUCUCUCUCUCUCUCUCACUCCUUUAUCCUGAGAGGAAUUCUUGUAUAUUAUUGUUCCUUCCUCAUAAA